ACACACACAUUUUCAAGAAACCUACACAGAUUUUUCCAUACCUUUCAAGCUCCAAAAAGGACAAGGGCACAAAUCACAUAGACCACUUUUAUGGUGCUUUUAUAGUGCUCCUUUGUCUUUUUUUUUAGCUUGAAAGACAAGGAAAAAAUCUAUGGAAGUGUGUUUGUUUGUUUAAAACCACAUGAGCACAAAUACAUAAUUGAGUUUUUGGGUGAACUCUUCCUUUAAAUGAACCUUAAUUCAUUUAUUUCAACAUGUAACUGAUCUCACAGGGUGAGUCUCGAUCCAAACUCUCAGAAAAAGGUUGGCUACUUGCGAACUCAGCUCUCACAGUUUAACCGGCUGUAUAAAUCCGCCAGUCUGACUGACAGCAAUGUCCCUGGCAUCCUGAAAAUAGCUUUAGACUUUUUAAUGUCCAAACUGACUCUGGCUGAGUUGAACGUGUUGUUAUUCCGCUGUGACGCGGAGGAACAGGAAGAUGGUGGUGGCUGCUACAAUAUACCAUCAUGGAUGCCGUUGAAGUAUGGAGGCCUACAAGGUUUUGUGUCUGUGUUGUCCGAGUUUCGGCCCAAAAAUGACCUUGGACAUUCGUUCUGUGACAAUCUAAGACAAGGUGAUUGGAUGAUCGAUUACGUGAGUUCUCGUCUGAUGAAUAAAGGUGGAGCUCUGCGGGAGGUUGGAAAGUGGUUCAGCGCUGUAUUUACAUACCUCAAACAUAUCCCACGCUACUUAGUGCCAUGUUAUUUUGAUGCCAUUAUUGUAGGGGCGUACGCCACGGCUGUAGAUGCUGUUUUCAACCAAAUGUCCAGCUUUGUUCAGAAUGGGUCGACCCUGGUUAAGCAGCUGGCCCUGGGCUCAGUUCAGAUGUGUGGGGUGGGUCGUGUCCCCACCCUGCCGCCACUCUCUCCCGAACUGGAGGAUGUCCCUGUCCGACUCAACAGUGUGACCAAACAAGAGGAGCAGUGUUGCGUUUCUCUUGCUGCAGAAAAAGGACCACUUGGUUGAUACCAGGCAGGGCCCCAGCUGCAUAUUGUCUAAAAGUGUUGCUAUGCCUAUAAAAUGAUGCAUAUACUACCAUAUUUACAUGCUGAAUGAUGCUUAAAGGCAUAGUUCACCCAAAAAUGAAAAUUCUGUCAUUAAUU